AGCGGUUGCCUGUUUACAGUUCUCCACCAUGAGAUGUUCCAGUAACAGCCCCAAAGAAGUGCCCUUUCCAGAAAAUGAAGAUCUUGAACCUCCAAUGCCUUUGGAGAAAUCUCCACAAGCUCUUGGGACAUCUGGGAGAGAAGAAACCACAAAUUCUCCAUCUUUACUGAUGCAGCUGCAGGACCUAUUCAGCGAACUUCGCUCCAUUAUGUCAGAAACGGAGAGCCCCGGUGAGCAACUUUGUAGUUCUCAGGAGGGAGAUGGGCUAUGCUCCACCAACCCACAGGAUGAAGUUCCUGUACCACCAACUGAGCCUAAAGCUGCAGCACUCUCUGCCUCCUAUCAUGGUGGUGAUGCAGGCCCAAUGCUGUACCCUACAUCUGCUGAUCAAAGUAAUGCUACCUUCCUUGGACUCCAGAGUGCCCAAACUUUGCUCAGAGGUGCACACACAUCUGUAGCUGAGCAGGGGGAAUCCUCCCAGAGCUUGCAGCCAAAUGAAAGGGGAACCAGAUCAAGACUUUUGCUGCAACACUUUAUCAUGGGGGUAACAGAAGAAAAUGUGGCUGUGUGCAAGUCAUGCCACAAGCAAGUGAAGAUUGGCAGGGAAGAUGGCUUAGCGAAGUUGGGCACAGCCCCACUGCUUGUACAUCUGUUGUUUUACCACCCAAACAUUGCGGCGCAAAUGCCCACGUUACAAAAACGAACGAUAUUGGCAGCUGCACAGAUGUCAACUGCUGAUGAGGCAUCAGUUGGGAAAAGAGCCCAUUGGGGUCCCAUACACCCAAUGGUGGCACUGUUAAACACUGAAUUUACCUUGAUGCUAGCAGAUGGAAUGUUUGCAUGCAAGGUAGUGGAUAAGCCUUGUUUCCGGGGCUUCAUGUCUUUGGAGGUCCCGAAGUGGAAGAUGCCUCGAGAGAGGUUCUUCUCCAAGCAAGCUGUGCCAGCCUUGGAAAAACACAUCGGUGACGCAAUUAAUCGAGAGCUGAGCAAGUCACCCUGCCCAGUGGUCCAUUUCACCAUUGAUGGCUGGGCCUCUGGGCCAACCACAGGCUACAUAUUUUUAAUAGCACACUGGGUUGCAGAUAAUGAUGGGGUUCUGUGCAGGUGCCAGGCAGCGUUGGCCAUAUGUGACAUGAAACAGAGCAACUUCACAGAAGUAAUAUCCGGCAACCUAAUAAUAGUGAAGGCCAACUGGCUCCAUCGACUACGGCUGGAAAUAGGUUAUGUGGUUGCAGACAAUAGCACAAUAACCAAGGAGGUGAAGGACUCUUGCCUGGGACAUGUUCCUCCCCUUGACCACUGCUUGAAUGUACUGUUGCGAGUAGUGAUGGCCAAGGUGGCAGUGGAAGAUGCUCCCAUCGCAAAGCUUUUGCAUACCCUGCAGGAUAUCUGCAGCCACUCCCAAAGAUCCCAGGCAGCCGCCUGCCUCCUGCAUGAACUGCAGUCCAAGCAUGGUCUCCCCCAUGAAAAGCUUCCGCAAGAGUUACCAAUGAGAUGGCAAACCACCCUUUGUGUGCUGCAACUUCUUCUUGCCCAAGAGCGUGUUUUCCGUCCUUUUCUAAAGGAGCACACUGACUUCUGGCUCACAGCUGCAGAUUGGAAGCUGAUGCACCAUCUAACCCAUCUCUUGAAGCCAUUUGAUGAUACCAUCACUAUGGUUAGGAAGAAAACUGCUAAUCUAGGCCAAAUCCUUCAUCAGCUCUACUUGCUUGAAAGCGGGAUAAAAGGAUGUCUCCAGCAGCUGCAGGGACUAAAAGAUGCUGCUGCUGAUGCUGCUGUCCCCUUUGCCUCUGAGCUGCUGCAAUCUCUGGAAAAUAGCAAGCACCUGCGACUCAUAAGAGAGAAUACUCUGUACCAGAAUGCAACCUUCCUCCAUCCGCAGUUCAGGGAGUGUGUGUUUAUAUAUCCAAAGGAAGAUGUGGAGCGGGGAAGGGAGCAUGUGAAGGAAAGGGUGAUACUGCUGACUAAAGAGGAAUACUUAAGAAACUUGUCUAGUGGUCAUGCAACGUCCUCUUCACCUCGUAGAACAGACCCAUCCAAAGCAACUGAGGUGGCAAGAAAAGAACUUGAAUCCUACCUGCAGGAUGAGAUAGACCCUACCCAGUUGAACUUGGAUCCCUUGGUCUACUGGAACGCCAAGCAGCACACCUGGCCCUCCCUCUCCGUAGUGGCACUCCAGUAUUUCUCCUGUCCUCCCACCACUGUGUACUCGGAGAUGGUUCUUAAUAUUUCAGAAUGGAUCCGAUCAGACAAGUUGCAGGGCAGUUUUGCACUCAUCAGCUUGAAUAGAGACUGGAUAUCUGCAGAAUUCAGGGUCCCCCCAUGCUACUGCUGAGACUGCGGACGCCAAUCCAUUAAUGGAAGAAAAAGAAAUUCCCUUUUAGAAGAAGUGGUUGCCGGGGAACCCUUCUCGGAGGACUGAGUUUUGCAUGCAUGAAGGGGCAUGGAGUGAUAGGGCUUUGGGCUUAUUUGGAGUCCACAACAAGUAGCUGUAACUAUAUCCUUUUUAAAGCCAUGACAUUUUUUUAAAGUCUCCUUAUAAAACAGAACUAGGUUAUUGUUUUUAAAUGUAUCCCAUGCUAACGUUUGUAGACAUUUUAAGGUUAUUGACCAAUGAAUAGCCUUAGUGGCUUCAUCAACUGCUAAAUGGAUCUAUUCAAUUUAAAUAAAUGUUUCUGAAUGCUCAA